UUGCGUUCCUCUUGAAAAUUGUUCUGUUUUUUAUUAUUGAAGAUUGAUUCUCAGUAGCCGCGGCUAAGUCCACCAUUCCACGGACUAACCUCGGGUUAUCACCAACAACUAGUAGGACACAAACGUAAAGAGCUUAGUACGAAUGAAUGUCAAUUCUGAUGAACAUGUGCCUUUGUCGCCUCGUGCAUUAGCAGAACGGGCAUCGCAAUUCACUUUUAACCGUAAUAUUCCCUUGCGAAAUUGGCUGCGCACUGGAACGACGCUUUUAAAACAGGCUUGUAUAUACAUUCGAGAAAAGGAUUUUGAAAACGGAUUGUUUUUAUUAUAUCGCUAUGCGGAACUAUUUUUUCACUGUCAAACACAUCCUGAAGCUUCUCAAUACAAGAAAGAACUCCAUGAGUUUUACGACACGGUAAAUACGGCGUUAGAAGAGAUUACAUUGCUGAAACCCUUGGUUCAAGAGUCUUAUGAUAAACAAGUUGAGUUGUUAAAACGGCAAAAGAUUGAAGAUGAGAAUUUGAAUAAGUUCUUAGUGAGCAAGAACCACGAUGUUGACAAAAUACCCCAGCAAACAAAUCACUCUAUUUCAAGGACACACUCCUCAUGGACUGUUGAUGACUUAAAACUCUAUCCUGCCAGUUCUACGAAAUCAAACGACGAAACACAUAAAGCUCACUCGCAUACACUUGACUUCUCAUAUCCAUCAGCUACUACGACAAGCAGUGUACAAAACUCCGCUGCCGGCAUUCCCAUUUCAGCUCCACGACCUAUUCCUAAUGUCCCUACUUCCCAAACCAAUGGGCCCCCUCCGCUUCCUAAUAAGCCUCUAAAUAAGCUUACAAGUCAGUUUCUGCACUUCUCCCCUCCUUCCGAAGUACCGGAAAAGCAAACCAAGUCUUUUAAGAUUCAAUGCUACACGGAGGGCGGUAAGCCACUGCGUACCGUAUUUCUUCCCAGCUCCAUACGAUCCACUUUUCUCCGAAUCGCCAAACCAAACACUGAUAGACGGUUGGAAACAUGCGGUAUUCUGUGUGGUAAGCUGCGGCAAAAUGCUUUUUUCAUCACGAAGCUAGUAAUCCCUCCUCAGGAAGCUACUACGGACACUUGUUCAACGACUGAUGAAGCCGGUCUUUUCGAGUAUCAGGACAAGCAUGACCUCUUAACCCUCGGUUGGAUCCACACCCAUCCCACUCAAACAUGUUUCAUGAGCAGUGUAGAUCUACACACACAUUGCUCUUACCAGCUCAUGUUGCCUGAGGCUAUCGCAAUUGUAUUAGCACCUUCCAAGAAACUAUCCUCGGGUAUUUUUCGCUUGCUAGACCCAACAGGGCUACAAACAGUGGUUCAAUGCAGAAAACCCGGACUCUUUCAUCCACAUGAAGGCCGGAUAUAUACGAGUGCCGAACCACCCGGCCAUGUUCGUGAACUUGAUGCACCAUUAGAAGUCGUUGAUCUAAGGUAGAAGCAUUCUAAGUACUAUUGAAUGCAUUCAACCCCCCCUUAUCGCCCACGUUUUCGUUCUUCUAUAAUGACACACACCAGCUCAUAUAAAAUUUUUUAUUAACCUACGUUUACAAACAAACACGGUUAAAUUGAACCCAAAUGACUCUGACCAAAACACAGUGGAAAACGGAAACAUGAUUGAACCAAAAAAAAGUACACAAGUACGCUAUUACCAAGCAAAAAGGAUAUCCUAGGAACGGACGCCUCCUAUACACGCUGCCAAUUUGAAUCGACUAAUCAGCCAUGACAACGUUUUCCGACUUUGCCUCGACGGCUACCUUUUCACUGCUUACCGCAGGCUUGCGGACGAUUCCAACAGCAGCUUCAGCUUCCUCCUGUGUAUAAGGAACUUCCUGUAACUGCUUCAAGCGUCUUUUGUGAAUUUUGCUACGACGAUGUUCUCUCAGAGAAUGAUCCGACUCGAAGUGUCUCGCACACUCAAUACAGUAGUGUUGGCCUAAACCAGGCAGGUCAGGGUCCAAAGGCAAAGACUGAAACUUUUCUGGUUCCUUCAAAUCGUCUUGGAUUUGGUCCAAGUCUCUUCCGUACUCUCUCGUACGGAAUAAUGCAUGAUUUCCAUUGUUAUGAUGUUUCCGUUUUCUUCCGACUCUUCCCAUAUUCAACAAAGGUUACGACUGGUCAAACAGCUCUGAUCAGAAGUACGGGUCAGCAAGUCUGUAAGGGCGGUAGAAAAUGUUAUGGUGGAGGUUUUUGGUGGAGAGUUUUGGAUUGCCACCUUAACCGAGACUCGCUCAAACCUAGAGGUCAUGUGAUUGGCUUAGCGACCCUUUAACGACAUUUAGCGGAUAACCCCACCUUUAUUUCUUGUUUGAAGGCUCGUGAUUGGCUGAGGCGACAUCUUAACAAAUUAGUCAUUUUAUUGUUUUUUUGCGGUCUAAAGUCAAGUCCUAAAUCUACGAGUACCG